AUGGCCUACUCCGUCUCUUCUAGAUCCUUCUCCAGCAGCGGUGGUGGUGGUGGUGGGGGGCGCCAGUAUUCCAGAAGCGUCUAUGGCGGUGGCGGUGGUGGUGGCGGCGUGAGGAUGUCCGCAGCCAGUCGCACCUUCAGCUCUGCUGGAGGUGGUGGAUUUGGCUUGGGUGGUGGCUCUGCAUUUGGCAUGGGAGGUGGAGGUUAUGGUGGAGGUGGAGGUUAUGGUGGUGGUGGAGGUGGAUUUGGAGCUGGCUUAGGAGGUGGGUUUGGUGGUGGUGGUGACGAAGCUUCAAUCAGCACCAAUGAGAAAGCCACCAUGCAGAACCUGAACGACCGUCUGGCCACCUACCUGGAUAAAGUACGGAAGCUGGAGAGUGCCAAUGCUGACCUUGAGCUCAAGAUCCGUCAGUACUUGGAGGGGAAAACCUCUCCUUCUGCAAGAGACUACUCCGCAUUCUAUGUCACCAUUGCAGAUUUGCAGGGAAAGAUCCAGGAUGCCACAUGUGUCAACGGAGGCAUCUAUCUGUCAGUUGACAACGCAAAAUUGGCAGCCGACGAUUUCAGAACUAAAUAUGAAAAUGAGCUUGCCAUGCGCCAGUCAGUGGAGGCAGACAUCGCAGGCCUGAAGAGGAUGCUGGAUGAACUGACCUUGGCCAGAUCUGAUCUUGAAAUGCAGAUUGAGGGUCUCAAGGAGGAGCUGAUUUUCCUCAAGAAAAACCAUGAGGAGGAAAUGGCCUCCAUGAGAAGUCAAGUCGGUGGACAGAUUAAUGUCGAAGUAGACUCCAAACCUGGAGUUGAUCUCAACGCCAUCAUGGAGGAAAUGCGUGAACAGUACGAAGGUUUGGCAGCCAAGAAUAAGAAAGAACUGGAAGCCUGGUUUAACGCUAAAGCCGAACCUCUGAAACAAGAAGUACAAGCCACUGAAUCAACCAUGAUAAGUUUUAAGACCGAAAUGAAUGAGCUUCGAAACACACUUCAAAGCCUGCAAAUUCAGCUUCAAUCAGAACUCAGCAUGAAAUCUGCUCUUGAGGGAACAUUGGCAGAGACAGAAGGCCGGUAUGCCAUGCAGCUCCAGGGCUUCCAGAUGCAGGUUUCCAGUCUGGAAGCACAGCUCACAGAGCUGCGCGCCAGCAUAGAGGCACAAACCCAGGAGUACAACAUGCUGCUGGACAUCAAGACCAGGCUGGAGAUGGAGAUUGCAGAGUACAGGAGGCUGCUGGACGGAGAGGGGGGUGGUGGUGUCUCUUCUUCUAGCUCAAGGACCAAGGUGGUUGUGAUCACAGAGGAAUCAACGGAUGGCAAAGUUGUGUCCAGCUCCACUACAGUUAACUGA